UCUCCUUCUUCUCUUCUUUAGCUUUGUUCAUAGUAGUAGUCAUAUAAUAAAAGUGAUUCUGUCAAGAACACUUUUUGUAAAUUUCAGUUUGUAAUUUUCAUUUGAAGAAUUUUAGUUCUUUAAUUUCAACAAUCAAGUUCAUUUGAGAAGUAUCAGCCAGAAUCAUUCUCAGCUUAAGGAUUUCACUUUCUCUAUUCCAGCUCAUUAUUUAUGCCUUCAGGUGAAAUUGAGGAACAAGACAGUUUUCUCUAUCCAGGUGUGGAUGCAGCAAAUUUUGAGAUCAAACCAGCACUUAUCUCAUUGGUCUCAGCAAACAAAUUUGGCGGAUCAAAGAAUGAAGAUCCCACGAGCCACGUGAAGCAAUUCUUGAGAGUUCUCCAAACUCUUAAACUUAAUGGAGCCUCUGUUGAUGCUAUCAGACUUAGGUUGUUCCCAUUCUCACUGAGGGAUGAAGCAUUGAGUUGGUUGAACUCUAAAACAUCUAGUUAUUUCAACACAUGAGAGAAGUUGCAUCGAGAAUUCAUGAAGGAGUUCUAUCCUCCUUCCAAAGCAUCAAAAAUGAAGAAAUUGAUCCAGCAAUUUAGGCAACAUCCAUCAGAAUCUCUUUACGAAUCAUGGAAGAGAUUUAAAGACCUUCAAAUUCAAUAUCCACAUCAUAAUAUGAGCAUGGGUGAUCUCAUUGUCUCAUUUUAUGAAGGAUUACACGAGAAUUCCAAAUCAUCAAUCCAUCUUCAACCACAACUAAUCACUUCCUUAUCCAAAAUUAAGUCAAGAUUAGCACCAAAGCUCCAAGGAUUGUCAUCUAUCACAAGUUUGAUCUUUCUUAUCUCAUUAAAUCUUGUACUUUAAUCAUGGAUUCAUCUAUUCUAUGUUUCCCAACAUGUAUAGCUAAA